AUGACCAGUAAAGGCAGAAAUGCCGUUCGUCUGGAAACGGAAAUUGAAAAAAGUCGAGAGGAAUCUAGAUGGAAUAGGGUAAUUGAAUUAGCUGAACAGUUGAAAUCUAGAGCUCCAGCUCAAGAAACUUUAGCAGAUUUUUUAUUAGGAGAAGGAAAAUUGGAAUCAUUUUUAGAAGAACAUCCACCUACUGAAAUUAAUAUACCAUUAGCACAAGAAGGUUUAGUCGAGGCUAAAAGACAUUUGUUAAAUGCAAUUACUGAAUUAGGGAGGAAGGAAAGAGUAGCCUUGGACGGAAACCUUCUUCUGGGUAAAUUAAAUUAUGCAUGUGGAAAUUAUAACGAUGCCUUAUUACAUUACACAAAUGCUGAAUUGGAUUCAUUAACUGAAAAAGAAUUACCCAGCAGGGGGUUAAAAAUUGUAGCUGAAUCUUAUGCAAUUAAAGGAUUAUGCUUGGAAAAAAUAGCACCAACUUCUACAUCGAAAUACAAAUUAGCCGAACAUACAGAACAAAUUAUGAAAUGUUUUGAGUUAGCUGCAGAUCUUACAUUAUUAUACCUUCAAGAAUUGGAUAAAUUACAACAACAACCACCUACAACCACUUCAUCUUCUGGUUCCCAUUCACCACAACCUCCAGCACCAGCUAGGCAAGUUGGGCCCAUUUUAGAAACUGCUUUACAAAGAGCUCCUUUGCUUUAUGUUCAAGCCUCGAGAUUGGAUCAAGCUGUAUCCAGGUAUAGAAGCAUGCUAAGUGCAGUGGAAUCCAGUGCAACACAAAGUGUAAGAUUAACGCUUACCAGGCAAUUAGCUGAAGUUUUACUUAGAGGGCUUACUGGCACUUUAUACAUUCCUCCUUCUUCUUCAGUAAAAAGUACAAAAAAAACUCAGCCAGUUGCCAGUGAGAGCCCUUGGAAACCAAAACAAUAUACUGGCUUUAAUUUAUUUAUACCAACAAUUGAUUAUGAGGAAGUAAUAUUAUUAUUAUUAAUAAGUGAAGCUAUGGCUGUUCGAGACACAGUCCUGAGUCAAGCUCCAGAAUUUGAAGAAGCUCGAUUGAGAGCACUUAAAAAUGCAAAAGCAGUUUAUGAUCUCUUAGCAGUAACUGUCAUGAGAUGGGGACAAGCUACUAUUUUACAUGAAGUUCUUGAGAGAGCAUUAAAAUUUUCAUUCGAAGAAAAACAUAUUUGGAUGCAAUAUGCUCUUUGCUUAGUUACAAUGGGUAAACAUUUUCAUGCAUUGGCCGUUUUAAAAGAAGUCAAAAGGCUUAUGCCUAAAAAUACUAUUCCCUGCUUGAUUGCUGGAAGAAUUUGUUAUGAAAAUUUAGAAAGACCUAAUGAAGGUGUAGAAUGGUGCAAAGAGGCAUUGGUAAAAGCCCAAAAACAAGAACCAAACUUAGUUUCUCGUUGUCUCUUAUACAUAGGAAUUGGGUAUCACAUUCAGGCACAACAAACUUACGUGAGAGUAGAAAAGAAAAAAUUAAGUGAACAAUCUCUGCAUUAUUUCAACGAGUCUGUGAAAUACGAUCCGUACGAUCACUUGGCGCAGUACUAUUUAGCCCUUCAUUUUGCUUGUUCAUUUCGAAUUGUGGAUGCCAUAAAGCACGCUAAAUGCGCUUUGGAAUUCCGACCGGAACAUGCUCCAUCUUUGCAACUAUUAAUUUUAUUACUAACGGCUCAAAAAGAAUAUAAAGAAUCAUCAAAAUUAUUAGAAGCUGCUCUCGAGGAGUAUCCAGAUGAUCUUAAUUUGCUUUAUAUUAAAGCACACUUGGAAUUAUAUGAUAAAGGUGGAGAAGCAGCUUUAGUCACAGCCAAACAAAUGUUAAGCGUUUGGAAAGUGUUAUACGAAGAGCAAACUCUGUUGGAUGCUGCGGAUGCUUCAGAUAAACGAAGUGAUACCAAAAGCACAUUUCAAUUAUAUACAGCAGAAAUGUCAGAUAAGGAUUCAAGCUCGCUACAUGCUCAAUCUGUCGUCGCAUCUCGAGUGGAACAUGCUUUGUCUGAAGUGGCUUCUUCUCUUAGUUCUUUUACUCCAAGACCUGGACCGCAGCAUGCUUGGAUUUUACAAGUUCAAAUUUGGUUACUUUUAGCCGAAAUAUACCUUGAAUUAAAUGAAUUAAAUUGGGCUUCCGACUGUGUGCAAGAAGCCACUGCAAUAUAUCCAUUGUCGCAUCAAGUUAUGUUCACCAAAGGUUUAAUCUAUGAGAAAAAAGCAGAAUUCACAGAAGCCUGUCAAUGGUUUCAAAAUGCAAUCGCUAUAAGUCCAACACAUUUAAAAAGUCUUCAGCAUUUAGGAUUAACAUAUUACUAUUUGGGAUACAAUAGAUUGGCUGAAAAAACUCUGAGGGAUGCAGCAAGAAUCGAUCCUAAUUCUUUUACAACCUGGUAUAAUUUGGGCAUUGUGUUAGAAUCAGUGAAAGAAUAUGCAGGUGCAAGCGAUUGCAUGUUAACUGCAUUGGAAGUUGAAACUACUAGUCCUGCACUGCCUUUUACAAUGAUUCCUAUAACUUUUGAAUAA